AUUAAAUCACAUUCUCAUUAAUUAUAUUUUUAUAAGUUAAAAAAAAAAAAAAAACUGAAUAAUUCAUAUCCAUUCCAUUCCACUUCUCUCAAAGUUACAAACCGCCUCCCCCCCCCCCCCCCCCCUUCUCCCACCCCCUUACGAAAAAGAUAUUAAAAAAAAAAAAAAGGAGGGUGGAAGAAGAGAGUUCUGCAAAUUUCAAUCAUCCACAUCCACGGGGUAUUCAACAUUCUGAUUUUUCCUGCCCAAUCCCUUCUUUUUCUCCAUUUCUCGUCACCGAUUGUCUUCAAUCAUCGAUCUCACUGGGAUUUGUUGGAUGAUCGUCUAUUACUGGCGGAGCAAUGAAUAAUCGCGCAAUGGAACUUGGGAGGCCUGGCUCAGGCAAAAGACGAUUAAAGGACCUAUUGCUUUUAAAGGAUAAUCGCUUUUGUGCAGAUUGUCGCGCUGCAGAUCCUAAAUGGGCGUCAGCAAAUAUUGGAGUUUUUAUAUGCUUGAAAUGUUGUGGUGUUCAUAGAAGCCUCGGUUCACAUAUAUCUAAGGUGUUAUCAGUGACUCUGGAUGAAUGGAAUGAUGAUGAAAUUGAUGCAAUGAUAGAAGUUGGAGGAAAUUCUUCUGCAAAUGCUAUUUAUGAAGCCUAUAUUCCCGAGGGAUAUUCCAAACCUGGACCUGAUGCCACCCACGAACAACGUUCAAAAUUUAUUCGGUCCAAAUAUGAACUUCAAGAAUUUCUGAAACCGAGCUUGAGAAUUUUAUCAUCCAACUCUGACAAAAGCAACAUCCAAGCAAGCUUUUCUACAAAGAUCAUGAACAGCUUUCGUACGAAUUCUUCACAAAAACCACAAUCACAGGAAGGUAUGGUUGAGUAUAUUGGAUUAUUGAAGAUCAAAGUGAUUAGAGGGACAAACUUGGCUAUAAGAGAUAUGAUGUCGAGCGAUCCUUAUGUAGUCAUGACUCUUGGACAACAGACUGUCCAGACAAGUGUAGUCAGGAGCAACUUGAAUCCUGUGUGGAAUGAGGAACUGACACUUUCUGUACCUCAAGGUUUUGGAUCUAUAAAGUUGCAAGUAUACGACUAUGACACAUUUUCAGCCGACGACAUAAUGGGAGAAGCAGAGAUUGAUCUCCAACCCUUGAUAACAUCCGCAAUGGCAUUUGGAGAUGCUGGAAUGUUCUCAAACAUGCAAAUUGGUAAAUGGCUGAAAUCGCACGACAAUGCUCUCUUAAGCGAUAGCACCGUUAAUAUUGUUGAUGGAAAGGUGAAGCAAGAGAUAGCUCUCAAGCUUCAGAAUGUGGAAUCAGGAGAACUAGAUCUAGAGCUAGAAUGGUUGGCUCUUGAACAAUAGGUACAUAUAAAUCCAUCCCAAUUUUAUUAAAAUAUGAGUGGUUAGUUAUCUGGUAUAGUCAUUCUUAUAGAAUGGUAUUGUGUAUUUUUUUCUUCUUUCUUUUAUUUGUUUUUCUUCUCUAUAUUGGGCUGAAAUUUUUUGUCUAUCCAUACUUUGUGGUCAGUAGUUGUAAUUCUUUAUAUUCUUAAAAUCUGAUCACAUACUUUCACUUGGUUAUAAAACUCCAAUGAGAUAUGAUGGCUUGAAAACAA